ACACUGUAUGGCGACACCAUUGCCGUUAGACGAUUGUGCUGCAACUCGUGUCAGCAUGGGCUCAUAUACCUACCAGUCCGGAGCAGUAUAGCUCCUUCUCCACCAGGCCCAGCCCCGGUUCGUGGUAACCAAUGAUAUAUACUACUUCCUCCGUGAUAUAUAUUUUCCCCAAAAUCCUAUGAUAUUCACCUAACAAUCGACCAGGCUAUGCUUCAUUCACGUCCAACAUGAGGAUCAAUAUCAGCGUUCUCGUUGCCACUCUCCUGGGAGCAGCCAAGGCCACGACGGGCUAUCGAGGUUAUGGUCUGAUUGGCCAUGGAAUCACCAUGUAUGACCCAACUUGCGCCUUCUCAUGUCAUGAUGUUAUUAGCAGUUAUCAGCUUAGUUGCUCCGUGCUCUCAGAUCAAGACGACAUGGAUAUGGGCGGUAUGUCAGGACCAAUGAUCAUGACCUCAUCCGAUUGUUAUGCAAACGACGACAAUUUCCUCCAUAGCAUGGCUUACUGCAUCAGUACACACUGCCCUCAUGUUUCCGAUACGCGACUUGAACAUUACUGGGAGUAUUUCCUUGUCGGUCGCUCCCCGGGCCAACCUACCCCUAAGGAGACAUAUAGCAUUGCCUUGCUUCAUGCUGAUCCGCCCCCAAAGGUGACCGUUGCCCUUCAAGCACUGCUCAACACUACCACCUUAGUUGAUGAGGAGGAAUACUUGGCAUCCUACAAUUCCCUCUCUCUAUGCGAGGAGACCGACACUAGGCAAAGUAACUUUGGACUGGCUAUACUGAUCACUGGUGCUGUGAUACCCGUAGCAUGUUCUCUGCUACGUUUUGUGCCUUUCCCCAAGGGUCUGGCGAGCCAGUUUAACGCCUACUUUAUUGAACCCCCUUUAUUUGGUCGAAGACAUCGAGCUCCACUCCAUAAUCUUGCUAUCAUGCCUACGCGGGGUCAGACAAUGUUGAUAGUAUAUUUCUUUAUCAUCAACAUCGUGUUCUCGUGCGUCGGUUACCCGCUAGCAAUGCCGAACUCUUGGUAUCCGUCAAAGCAUGAGGAAUUAAUGGGCUACGUCCGAAAUCGCCAGGGGGUUCUGAGCUUCGCCAACGUCCCGCUCCUUGUUCUCUACUCGGGUCGAAACAAUAUCCUCCUGACCAUUACUAAUUGGCACUACUCGACGUUCCUCUUACUACACCGUUGGAUUGCCAUCAUCUGUACGAUCGAGGCAUGCAUACACUCGGCAAUGUACUUACAUAGGUGCCUCGUAAGGGAUGAAUAUUAUUCCGAAAGUAAACUGCCAUAUUGGAUAUGGGGGAUCGUCGCUGUUCUAGCGUUCACUGUCAUGCUCCCCGCUAGCAUCCUCCCACUGCGACAGAAAGCAUACAACCUUUUCCUCGCCUCCCACUUCGCUCUCUCCUUUAUCGCCCUCAUCGCUUGCUAUUUCCACAUCUACCACCGAUUUGAAAACCAGUGGGGGUACGAGACGUGGAUCUACAUCGGCUUCGCGCUCUGGGCUUUCGACCGACUUAUGCGCUUUGCUCGGCUGGCACGAAACGGGAUUCGGUCUGCCGAGAUCACCGUCGUCGACGAGAACAACAUCCGCGUCGACGUCCCCGGGGUUUCGGCGCAGGGUCACGCGUAUCUCUAUUUCCCAACCCUGAGCUGGCGCGUCUGGGAGAACCACCCCUUCUCCGUGAUGGGAGCUUUGACGGCGCAAGAGCCGGAAAAGACAUCUAGUGUGUCGGUCUCGGAGGAGAAAACCAGCUUGCCUGGAAGCGACAUGGAGAAAAGAGACGAGGAGCCUUCCUCCCCUGUCCAAGAUAGCUCUGUCUCCUCACAACCAACGACGGGGCCCUCAUUCAAGACAGGCCUAACAUUCUUCAUCGCCACCAGCGGAAAUGGCAUUCGAUCCAUCCUCCACAGCAAGACCAAACUCCCCGUUCUCGUCGAGUCCUCAUACGCCGCCUCCUCGCUGGACGAACUGCGCACCGUGCCCAACUGCAUACUAAUUGCGGGCGGCGUAGGAAUCACGGCCUUGGCGCCUCUUCUUCGCACCCGCGGUACCGCUGUGCGAUUAUUCUGGGGUUCGCGGAGCCAAGCCCUGGUGGAAGCGGUAAGGACGGCCCUGGGUCCCGGCGUGUUGGAGCCGAGCAUCAUAGGCGAGAUCUCGGUAGGAAGACGAUUAGACUUGCGCACGAUUCUGGAGCGCGAAGUUCUGGAGGGUAGUGAGACUGCCGUCGUUGUCUGCGGACCGGUCGGAAUGGCGGACGAGGUGCGGGCGAUCGUGUGUGAGCUCGGGCAGAAGGGCAGGAUCGUUAAGCUGGUUGAUGAGGCGUUCAGCUGGUGAGAGGAAACUGGGAUAAUGGGGGUUAUGAAAAGGGGCGUUGGAAGGGUUGGCGUGAAGACACUCCUGCAUCGUGGCAACUCUAGUCUUACUUAUACCAGGUACCUCACAAAUUUAUUUCAAUUUAUUAC